AUGCCACAUCGCGAAGAGGAGCUCCGUCCAACUCAUAUAUGUCCAGUCGCACCGGGCGCGCCACCAUCGGACCCGACCGAAGAACCAAAGCCCUCACAAGCCGCUCAAUUCACACACGGCACGCUCACGCGCUCUCAGCUGGACGCCAACCCCUUCGUCCAGUUCCACAGAUGGUUCUCCGAGCCGUCACUCGCACAGACAGUCCCGGAAACCGUAACGCUUAGUACGGCAAGUCUACCUUCUGGCCGGGUCUCUUCGCGCAUGGUGUACCUCAAGGAACUCGACAGCCGGGGUUUCGUCAUUUACUCCAACUUCGGCACGUCUCGCAAGUCCAGGGACCUGGCAAGCAACAAGUUCGCGAGUCUUUGCUUCUGGUGGAAGACCAUGGAGAGGCAGGUCCGCGUGGAGGGGGUGGCCGAACGGUUGAGUGCCGAGGAGAGCCAGGUCUACUUUGACACGAGGGCGAGGGGCAGCCGGAUUGGAGCCUGGGCUAGUCAGCAGACGAGUGUGCUGGAGCCGGCCAGGAAGGCAGAGGGAAGCCAGACAAGUGAAGGUGAAGGAGAAGCAGAGGAUGAUGGUAGAGCAGAGCUUGAGACCCGUGUCAGGGAGAUAGAAGCGCGAUUUCAGGGACAGGAGCAUAUCCCUGUGCCGCCGUUCUGGGGUGGUUUGAGAAUCAUACCCGAGACAAUUGAGUUCUGGCAAGGCAGGGAGAGCAGACUGCAUGAUCGUUUUGUGUACACCAGGAUAAAUGGAGAUGUUGGGCAAGGCGGCGAAGCGAAGUGGAAAAUUGAGAGGUUGAGCCCUUAA